AUGGGACCUGCUAACUUCUUUAACAAAAUAUCAAUGGCUACAGAAGCUCAGAGCAUAACACCUGAAAAGGCAUUUGAACUCUACAAAAACACAUUGAAUUUCAAUGUCAUAAGCAGGUACGACCCAGCUGUGAAGCAGCUUCUAUACACCACAUCCCACUGUGUGAUCUAUAAGUAUGAUGAAUCCACUCAAGAAUGGGUAAAGAGUGAGUUCCAGGGCACGUUAGCGCUCUACUUGCGUAAUUUUCUCAGUCCAAACAAUGCUGGACCCUUCAAAUAUCAAGAUUUGCAACGCCUUUUCUGCUACGGGUUGAUUCUUCUCAAUAGACUGAGUCCCGCAUGCUUUUCGCUUGGAUUCUUGCCUAAUAAGGUAACCAGACAGUAUCUCCCGAAUGGCUUGAACAACAACGGAGUCACGGAAAUGGAUGUGGAAAUCAAUGAUAAUUUGAUCAUCGUGAAGAACUUGUUGGGGGAGAUUUACGGAUUGUGGGUGUUCAAUGAAGACGAUAGACAGAAAUUGUAUAAGUUGAUGAGUUUCUGUUUGAACAACGAGGUUGCACAGUAG